ACUGCGCUCCUUACUUCAUGAGAGAUUGAGCACAACCAUUGAUGAGGACCGGUGAUGAAGUGCUGUACUUGCUGUGUACUGCUAGUCUUGUGUGUUGCUCAAUUCAGGGUCAAAUGUGCUUCAGUGGGAUUAAACACUUUUAAUAUGAAGAUUAGCCACACAUCACAUAGCUUAAACAUGUCUUGGGAGAUGCCAGAUCAACAGAAAAGCAAGCUGUGCUACAGGACCCAUGUGCAGUACCGGAGCCACUGUGAGACUUCCUGGAAGAACAACACUAACAUUUCAAAGUUCUCCUUUGUGCUGCCGGCUCCAGAUAUGAAAAAGAAUUAUGCUUUCAGACUAAGGAUGAGGCUAGAUUGUAUAGACCAGUCCUGGGGAGAAUGGAGUCCAGUGAAAUACUGGAGGAAUGACACAGGACCCUGCAUUACAGAGGUCUCAUUAUUUACAGUAAAGGAUUAUUUGUUGAUAUCGAUGGCGCCAGUGGCAGGUUUCAUGCUUGUUUAUGCAAUUACACAUGAUCGGGUAAGAAGACUUGUCCUUCCUAUAAUUCCAGAUCCAAAGCAUAUCCAAGAGAGAAUUUUAAACAUUGAACAGGUUCAGUGGUGGAGCAACUUUACACAAACAUGUGAAGAUUGCAAGGUAUCAGAAAUAAAGGUUAAUGACAGGGAGGAGGAGAAGACUGAAAUCACUCUCAUCAAGUGUGAUCUUGAUGUUGAUGAACAACUCCCUCAUACUCAUCCUAAUCACAUGGUUCCUGGAAGGCAUAGCUUUGACCUUGCAAAAAAUGACAGCAUGAAUUCCAUUCACUCUUCUGAUACGUCUGAGGACAACAUUGGAACACAAUGUCUGACUACCAGACCAGGCUACAUCAUUAUAUAAAUACUGACUUUGCUUAUUUAAACAUGGUUUAGGGAGAGAAAGUGAAUGAAUGAACAAUUCUGCUGCUAUAUUACUAUGCAAUUGUCUUAAGUUUGUCUACCUAUUAAAUACUAGAUAUGUUUAAAAACUUUUUUAUUUAAA